AUGUCCGGCAUCGCAGCAUCGCGACUUGGCAAAGAACUUAAAGCGUGGCGCAAAGACCACCCCUAUGGAUUUGUGGCUCGCCCCGUGAAGAACCUCGAUGGAUCACUGAACCUCAUGGCAUGGGAGUGUGCCAUUCCCGGAAAGAAAGGAACAGCGUGGGAAGGUGGACUGUACAAGCUGAUGAUGACAUUUAAAGAUGACUACCCGUUUAGCCCCCCGAAUUGUGUGUUCGAGCCGCCGUUGUUCCACCCGAAUGUGUAUCCAUCCGGUUCGGUUUGUCUAUCGCUGUUGAAUGUAGAAAGUGAUUGGCAUCCCGCAAUCACAAUUGAACAAAUUUUGCUCAGCAUACAAGAGCUGUUAAACAACCCCAACAUUAAAGACCCGGUACAGGAAGCACCGUACGCAUUAUAUUGCAAUUACCCGGUGGAAUAUGAGAAACGUGUGCGCGAACAGGCUGAAAUGAUGUUGGACAUACAAUAA